ACUGAACAAACUCACUGGAUCAGUCAGAGCGGCCACUGAAUCAUCAUGGUUGCUAAACUACUAUAUUAACUAACGUACAACUGGUUACUUUGACCCUAAUGGAUCUUAAUGAACGAAUUUCCCUGAUAGGACAGUUUACCUGAUAAAACAUUCAAUACUAAAGUAGGCCUUGUGUGCGACAGGAGCACGUGCUUUCACUUCAAUCAACCUUAACGCUAGUUCUUCAAAACCUACAAAUAAUGCAGCAGCUUGGAACAAGCUACAUCUUAACGAACUACUCCACCCCAAGCAAGGUUUUAUAAACAGACCUGCUGGCAGUGCUCCACCGUUUAAAGAGGUGCCAGGAGUUGGGAGAUAACAAUUGCAGAGGGAUAUUCCCUCACAGAAGAGUCUCUAUAAAGUCGGAGUGCCCGGACAAUGAGCCACACAAGCAGCAAGGCCAGCUUGAGUGCUUUACCUCUAACAGACUCUCUGUACAUCCAGCCAAUCUAAUACAACAGAACGGCCAAAAUGACCGCCUCUCGCUUCGUCAUUUUCUCUGCAGUGGUGGUGCUUCUGUGCGCAGUUAGCCUCAGUGAAGGUUUGCGUAUUGGACCACAAAGGUGCUGUUUUACCUUUUCAACCCGUCCUGUGCCAAUCAAAAAAGUGGUUGAGUACAGCAGGACAAGCCAGCAGUGCCCCAAAGAAGCCGUGCUAUUCAAGACUGUGAAGGGUCAUUACGUGUGUGCCAACCCCACUGACUCAUGGGUAAAGGAGAACAUCAAGAUCAUUGACAGCAGGAACGUCGGAAGCCAGGGGACCUUGUAAUCAUGUUGACCUGCGUCCUCCAACUUCUGAACCAAUUUGGAAGCACUGGACAAGUGUGGAGUGUGAACAAAACUAAAGAAAAAAAAAGAAUGCAAUUAUUGUACUCACCGACAAAUGCAUUGUCCCUAACUGAUCAGUAUAUUAAAGCUAUGGGGUUAAACAGUCCAGAAUGUAUGUUGUUUAAAUUGUUUAUCUUUUUGACUCAUCUGUCAUUUGUCUUACUUAUGUAUUUCUAAAAAGAGUGUUUUGCACUGAAAGAUGAAGUAUUGCAGAUUAUCAGCCUAUGGCUCAAAGAAAAUAGUUUGUAGUUUGUAGAAGAAAAAUAUUUUUGUAAUGUGUCAUUUAAGGCAACGAAAUUAGGAUGAUGAUCUGUUUAUGUAAGUUUUUGCUAAUGUAACCUCCUCACAAUAAAGACACUUUUGGGUCAGUA